AUCUUCUAACUGGUGCAAGGAAUCAGCACAUGUUCUCCCCAUUAAAACCCCCAUUUCUCCCGUCGCUUUCUCUUCUUAAAACCUCUCACACUCCAUCGAUAUUAUUCUCUCACUACAUUUCUAGAGAGAGAUAAUAUCUAGAAAACCUUUGUCCCGGUGAGAGAUAUAAAAUUAAAAAUUAAAAUAAAUAAAUUUAAUAAUAGUAAAAAAUGAAGAUUCAGUGUAACGUCUGUGAGACGGCGGAGGCGACGGUGCUGUGUUGCGCCGAUGAGGCGGCGCUGUGUUGGAGGUGUGAUGAGAAGAUACACGCUGCUAAUAAACUCGCAAGUAAACAUCAGCGAGUUCAUCUCUCUACUUCUAAUUCUCGUUUGCCUAAGUGUGAUAUCUGUCAGGAAACAGUUGGAUAUUUCUUUUGUCUGGAAGAUAGGGCUCUAUUAUGCAGAAAAUGUGAUGUUGCUAUACACACCGUCAACACACAUGUUUCAUCACACCAGAGGUUUCUGCUUACAGGAGUGAAAGUAGGGCUUGAAGCUGCUAAUGUUGCUGCAUCAUCAUCUUCUAAGAAAUCAGAAUUUAUCAAAAAUAGUGUGCCUUUGUCUUCAACUGAUCAGUACACCAAACCUACUCCAGUUCAAGCUGCUGGGGCUGGCGAAUUUGCUCCUCCUAGUUCGCCUUUCACGGGAGGGUCUUCAUCCAGUGAUAUUCAACAAUGGCAGUUUGAUGAGUUUCUCGCGCUUACGGAUGUCAACCAGAAUUACAACUACAUUGGCAAUGUCCCAUCCAAGGCUGUAUCCAGGAAACUAGGAGACCUGGACUGUUCCCCAAUUCUAAGAGCCAUGGAGGCCGAAUUAGAUGAAGGGUUAGGUCAGGUUCCUGAUACCUCGUGGGCGGUCCCACAAAUCUGUUCCCCACCAACUGCUUCUGGACCCUGCUGGCCUAAAACUCAUGACUAUUAUCAUGACCAGUUGGAUGUUGCUGCUUUUGUUCCUGAUGUAUGCUACCAACAAAAUACAAGUAGCCUAAAAAAGAGAAGGCAGUUCUAAGUUCUAACGAGUCAUCCUUUGCAUGUGGUCCUAUAGUGUUGUAGCAUUAGGUGCACUUUUGAAAAGCCAUUAUUCUCAAUAGUUCUUUUGCUAGCUGUAAGUCAAAGUUGUUAUGUGUGUUUGUAGCAUUAGUAUCAAAAUAUGAGGCUGUACUGAUGCAGUCUUUGUGGUGUAUCCACCUUUUAUUAUGCUUUCCUCAAGUUGUGGUGGUUUUAGCAUCUCACGGUUCAGAAGUUAAACUUGUACCUUUGGUUUAUAGUUUAGCAUCUUGAUACCACUUGUAUGCA